UCCAGCCACGCAUGCUCGUCUCGAGAUCGACCAUAUCAUUUACACCCCCUAGUCCCGGUGACCCAUUAACGAGCGCUCCGGUCCGAAUUUCUCUGCCUGUAUAAACACCACGAUCCAUCGUUCUCCUUGAGUGAUUGGAGUGUGAAGUCGGCGAUUGUUGGCUGCGCUUUUUCAUGUUCCAUAGGAAAAUUUCGAGUCACAGAUAUUAGGAUCUGGAAAUGCAGUUCUUUGGAAGUUCUGAGAUCAGUCCAUCCCCGCCGUUGCCGACGGCAUCGGGCAACAAUGCGCAUAUGAUGUACGUAUUCAACAGGAAUGGCGUCUGUUUGCUUUACAGGGAGUGGAAUCGACCUCUUCGUACACUCGAUUCCAACCAAGAUCAUAAGCUCAUGUUCGGUCUCCUUUUUUCUCUUAAAUCCCUAACCGCCAAAAUGGACCCAUCGAGUGUUGAGAAAGGGAAUCUUGGGGUGCCUCAGCUACCAGGACAAGGUUGUUCGUUUCACAGCUUUCGGACUAAUACUUACAAAUUGAGUUUCAUGGAGAGUCCAUCUGGGAUAAAGAUCAUCCUUGUCACACAUCCCAAGGCUAGCGAUCUCAGAGAGUCUCUGAAAUACAUUUACAAUUUGUAUGUUGAAUAUGUUGUGAAGAAUCCAUUGUACACUCCUGGAACUCCAAUCAAAAGUGAGUUAUUCAACACGACCCUUGACCAAUACGUGCGAGGCCUUGGAUAGAGUACGGUAAGAAAACUGCUUGAACUGGGCCUAGAUUUCACUUCUAAAGCAUUUGAUGUACGGGUUGACGUGCAGAUCUCCGAAGCUGCUUCUGCAAUGCUAUUCUGUGCCCAACUGAUUAUAGACCUUUUGAAUGUAAGCAAAAUAUAUCAUUAUAAUUUUUUUGAAUGACUUUCUUCUAGAUAAUGCAUGAAUAUAAUGUGUUAUUUCUUCACUCCGUUUGACAAAUGGUUUCACAAGAAAGUUCCGUAUGAU